GACUGCCUCGCAAGGGAUUGUCAACCAGGCUCCUAAACAGGCCAAACUGUGCUCUCCAGAAGUCUGAGGUAGCAGUUCUGCUGAUCCUGCUCCUUACUUCUCUUGAGAAUCAAAACCUCUAUCAUUUCAUGGACUGUUUCCUCUCUGCUGUAGUGUAUUCCCAGCAGACAUCUGAUUCUUCUCAUUCUUUUCAUCGAGAUGAGACUAUAGUUAUUGCUCUUGCAUCUGUGUCUGUACUGGCUGUUUUGAUUGCUGCUCUCUUCUUUGGAUACAGGAUGCUUGCAGGAGACCGUAAACAGGGUUUGCACAGUAUGAACAUGAUGGAGGCGGCAGCGUCAGAGCCCUCAUUGGAUCUGGAUAAUCUAAAGUUGUUGGAGUUAAUUGGCCGGGGACGAUAUGGAGCAGUAUAUAAAGGCUCCCUAGAUGAACGUCCAGUUGCUGUGAAAGUCUUUUCUUUUGCCAAUCGUCAAAACUUUAUCAAUGAGAGGAAUAUUUACAGGAUUCCACUGAUGGAACAUGACAAUAUUGCCCGCUUCAUUGUGGGGGAUGAGAGAUUCACUGCAGAUGGCCGUAUGGAAUAUUUAUUGGUGAUGGAAUAUUACCCUAAUGGUUCUUUGUGCAAAUAUUUGAGUCUCCACACCAGUGACUGGGUGAGCUCCUGUCGUUUGGCUCACUCUAUAACCAGGGGCUUGGCGUACCUGCACACGGAGCUACCGCGCGGAGACCACUACAAACCUGCAAUAUCUCAUCGUGACUUGAACAGCCGCAACGUGCUAGUAAAGAAUGAUGGAACGUGUGUAAUUAGCGAUUUUGGACUCUCCAUGAAGUUAACUGGAAACAGACUGGUACGCCCAGGUGAGGAAGAUAAUGCAGCUAUUAGUGAGGUGGGAACGAUCCGCUAUAUGGCCCCAGAGGUGCUUGAAGGAGCAGUCAACUUGAGAGACUGUGAAUCUGCUUUGAAACAAGUAGAUAUGUAUGCGCUGGGCCUUAUCUACUGGGAGAUAUUCAUGAGAUGUACAGACCUCUUCCCAGGGGAAUCUGUGCCAGAGUACCAGAUGGCUUUCCAGACAGAAGUCGGAAACCAUCCCACUUUCGAAGAUAUGCAAGUCUUGGUGUCUAGAGAGAAGCAAAGACCAAAAUUCCCAGAAGCGUGGAAGGAGAACAGCCUGGCUGUGAGGUCACUUAAAGAAACAAUUGAAGACUGUUGGGAUCAAGAUGCUGAAGCUCGACUAACAGCGCAGUGUGCCGAGGAAAGGAUGGCAGAGCUCAUGAUGAUUUGGGAGAGAAAUAAAUCAGUUAGUCCAACGGUCAACCCUAUGUCAACUGCCAUGCAAAAUGAGCGGAAUCUGUCGCAUCAUAGACGUGUAUCAAAGAUAAGGCCAUAUCCGGAUUACUCUUCCUCUUCCUACAUUGAAGAUUCAAUCCACCACACUGACAGCAUAGUGAAGAACAUUUCUUCUGAGCAUUCAAUGUCCACUACACCACUGACUUCAGGGGAAAAGAAUAGAAACUCCAUUAACUAUGAGCGACAACAAGCGCAAGCUCGCAUCCCUAGUCCUGAGACAAGUGUCACCAGUUUGUCCACCAAUACUACCACCACCAAUACAACUGGUCUCACUCCUAGCACUGGCAUGACCACCAUAUCCGAAAUGCCUUAUUCGGAUGAAACAAACUUACAUAGUGCAAACGUCAUGCAGCCAGGUGGGCCCACCCCUGUUUGUCUGCAGCUAACAGAGGAGGACUUGGAGACAAAUAAAUUGGAUCCAAAAGAAGUGGAUAAGAACCUGAAAGAAAGCUCUGAUGAGAAUCUGAUGGAACAUUCACUGAAGCAGUUUAGCGGGCCAGAUCCACUCAGCAGCACUAGUUCCAGCUUGCUUUAUCCACUGAUAAAACUUGCAGUAGAGGUGACAGGACAACAGGACUUCACACAAGCUGGCAAUGGUCAAGCGUGUUUGAUUCCAGAUGUCCCAUCUGCUCAGGUCUAUCCUCUGCCCAAGCAACAGAACCUUCCGAAGAGGCCUACUAGCCUCCCCCUAAACACCAAAAAUUCAACAAAGGAGCCACGGUUAAAAUUUGGUGGCAAGCACAAAUCAAACUUGAAGCAAGUGGAAACAGGCGUUGCCAAAAUGAACACUAUCAAUGCUGCAGAACCUCACGUUGUCACAGUUACCAUGAACGGAGUGGCCGGGAGAAGCCACAGCAUAAACUCUCAUGCUGGCCCAGCCCAAUACGCCAAUGGCACGGUGCCAUCUGGCCAGACAACCAGCUCAGUAGCGCAGCGGGCCCAGGAAAUGCUUCAGAACCAGUUCAGUGGAGAGGAUAGUCGCCUGAAUAUUAAUUCAAGCCCUGAUGAGCAUGAACCCUUGUUGAGGCGAGAGCAGCAGGUUGGCCAUGACGAAGGUGUUCUGGACCGCCUAGUAGACAGGAGAGAGCGACCGCUGGAUAAUGGCCGAACAAAUGCCAAUAACAACAACAGUAACCCGGGUCCAGUGCAAGACACAGCUACAGUCAGUAUCCAGAAUGUAGUGAGAAAUCCUGGGCAGACCCAGACUAGAAGAGCACAGAGGCCUAAUUCACUGGAUCUAUCAGCUACGAAUAGUUUGGAUAGCAGUAGUAUGCAGUUAGGUGACUCCUCACAGGAUGGCAAAUCAGGCUCAGGAGAAAAGAUCAAGAAGCGUGUGAAAACUCCGUACUCACUUAAGCGGUGGCGUCCUUCAACGUGGGUCAUCUCCACCGAGCCGCUGCACUGCGAGGUCAACAACAACAGCGGCGAGCGGGCAGCCCACUCCAAAUCCACCACUGCCGUGUACCUUGCGGAAGGAGGCACUGCCACCACAAUGGUAUCUAAGGACGCAGGAGUGAACUGCCUGUGAAACACUUUAAAAGCCAACAAAUGACCUUUUUUUUUGCAUUAUUUGAAACAAAAACACACAGAAGACAUUUAAAAAAACUGCUUUCUCCUCCUGUCAGCUACCCCUCCCAAGGACUCGCUUAAAAUAGAUUUCAGCUAUGCAGAAAAUUUUUAGCUUAUGCUUCCGUAUUUUUUUAUUUUCUUUUUUUUUUUAAAACAUUUUUGCACUUUUAUUUAGUAUCGCUAAAGUUAAGUCUGUCUGUUUUGACCACGGAAUAUAUAUAUGUGUAUCAAAAAUGUGGUCUCAAAAUAUUUUUUUAAAAAAAGUAACAAAAAAAAGUAUUGCUGAUAAUCAGUUUGGACCAGUUUCUUAAGGUCACUAAGAUCACAAGCAGACUAUAAGACAGGUUUGACUGCAGUGGUGUCUUGUAACCAUGUUUUGAUUUCUGUGCACAAGCUAGUCUGUAUAUUUCUAUGUUACAAAGUGUAUUUUGUUUUGAACCCCUUAUUUUUCUUGUGUCAUGUUGAAAUGUGCAAUAGUCUAUAGUUCACAGUAUGCUUUAUUGAAAAGUGUGUUUCUAAAACUGCUACAUGUUCCCCUUUUUUAUUUGUUAAUUUUUCCCUCACAGUUGAGCAGUCAGCCGGUCAUGACAGUGAAUUUUGCACACCAUAGCCAGCUUGAAGCAGCUGCCUAUAUCACAUUGUGCUCUGAGGUGACAAUGCAUGAAUUUUCCUCAACUUGAAAGGGCUUUUCAAAAGGAAC